AUGGGGCUCGCGUUGGCGCUUCACCUCGCGCUGUCCACCGCGGCCGCGGCCGUCGCCGCCGGCAACGCCGCCGCCAACGGCGGCUCUCUCAAGCUCAUCAUCGGCUUCCAGGCUCCCUGGAACAUGUCCCUCCCCUUCAGCGCCCCGCGGCUGGGCUCGGCCAUCCAGAUAGCCGUCGACAAGGUGAACGCUAAUCCCUCCUUCCUGGGGAACUACAGCCUGGACUUUGUUUACGCGGACACCGACUGCAACCCCAAGGUCUCCCUGGGAGGAUUCAUCCACCAGGUGUGGAAAGAAAACGUCUCCGCGCUCUUCGGCCCGGCGUGUCCCGAAGAAGCCGAGGUCACCGGCCUCAUUGCGUCGGCGUGGAACAUCCCCAUGUUCGGCUUUGUGGGACAAUCCUCCAAAACCGAUAACCGGGACAUCUACGACUCCUACAUCAAAGUUGUGCCACCUCUCAAAAGAAGCUCGGAGGUCCUGGUGAAGACCCUGGAGUUCUUCGGUUGGAGCCACGUAGCGAUGAUCGGCGGGGGACUGGAUUCCAACACCUGGGACAAAGUCGACGCUUUGUGGAUAACCAUCGAGAACCCGCUGAGAGACAGAUUCAACCUGGCUGCCGCCUUGAAGUUCGACACCAGCAACCCUGAGCUGGUUUACCAAAACGUGAAGUUCAUCGCGACAGUCGCCCGGGUGAUCGUGGUGCUGACGAACUCCGUGGACUCCAUGGCUCUGCUGCUGGAGGCAGAGCGGCAGGGCCUGAUGAAGGGCGACUACGUCUUCUUCCUGGUGCAGCAUUUUGAGGUCAGUGGCAGUGUGGAUAGCAUGUGGAAAUAUGCCCUGAACAGCCGGAUCAACAAAGCCGCCAUAAGAGCUUUUGACAUGACCUUCAUCAUCGGCCAGAAAGCCUACGAUGGCUACGAGUACUACGACUUCUUCGAGCAAGUCUUUGAAAGACUAAAAGCACCUCCGUUCCGGAGCAACCUGACGUCCGAAAGAGAGGUGAGCCCGUACUCUGCCUACCUGCACGACGCCGUGCUUCUUUAUGCCAUGGCGCUGAAGGAAGUCCUCAAAGAGGGCAAAGACCCCCGCGACGGACGGCAGCUGCUGCAGAGUUUAAGGAGUAGAAACAACAUUCGAUUCAAUGGGGCCUCUGGACUGGUCCACUUUGACAAAGAGGGGGAGAGAAACUUGGACUAUUCCAUUUACGACCUGCAGCACGUGGGACAGAUCACAAAGUUGGAGCCCAUCCUCCAUUUCGACAGUCACACCAGCUCCGUCCGACCGACGUCUAAGUUUGCCUCCGUGGUCUGGCCGAGAGGAAGACCAUCCGAUAAACCCGUGUGUGGUUACAACAAUGAGCUCUGCGACUGGCUAAUUAAUGAGAUCGCCCUGCUGGCUCUGCUCGUCACCUUGCCCGUCACCGGCGUGCUGGCGGUUCUGUGCAUCGGGGUCCUCCUGCUGCAGAAGUUGCGACUCCAGACGAGGCUCGAUGGCUCCAACUGGUGGCUGAUCAGCUACGGCGACAUCACCAUCAUCCGGGAGCUCUCGGGGUGUCAGGGUCUGUCUCUGACCACCACGACCAGCCGGUGCUCCGGCUCUCAGUCCGACAUCUCCAGCGUCAGCUACGGCCUGAAGGACAAGACGGGCCGAGAACACAUCUACACCACCAUCGGCCUCUACCAGGGAAAUAAAGUGGCCGUCAAGUACCUCAAGGACCACGAUGGCAGUAAUUUCCAGAGACCUUCAAUUAUCGCAGAGUUCAGUGUGAUGAAAGAGAUGAAACAUGAGAACUUGGUUCAGUUCUUUGGCGUCUGCAUCGCGCCACCGAACGUCUGCCUGGUGACGCAGUACUGCACCAAGGGCAGUCUGAAGGACGUUCUGAAGUCAGAUGUUGACCUGGACGGGAUGUUCAAGCUGUCCUUUGCUUAUGACAUAGUCAAUGGAAUGGAGUUCAUCCACAAAAGUAACCUGAGAUUUCACGGGAACCUGAAGCCCAGCACGUGUCUGGUGGACAGCCGGCUCCAGAUCAAACUCUCUGGCUUCGGCCUGUGGGAGUUUAAAUACGGGAGCCCAAACAAGAUGGUCGCGCUGGAGAAACCUGAUCAUCAAGAGAUGUACUGGACCGCCCCCGAGCUCCUGAGACAAGCCGCUCUCCAGGUCCGCGGGACGCCCAAAGCGGACGUCUACAGCUUCGCCAUCAUCAUGUGGGAACUCAUGUACAACGCAAAGUCCGGCCCGUAUCACGAGAUCAACCUGGCGCCCAAAGAGAUCAUCACGCAGUUGCGGACGCCCUCCCAAAGGGAGCUCCUCCGACCGGCGCUGUCGGAGGAGCUCUGCGACGAAAGCAUCAACUCCCUGAUGAGGGCCUGCUGGAGCGAAAACCCCGACCACCGGCCCCCGUUUGCCUCCAUACGACGACAGCUGAGGGACAGCAGCCCGGAAAGUCACGCGAAUAUACUGGACAACAUGGUGGCGAAGCUGGAGAAAUAUGCAAACCACCUGGAAGACGUGGUGGAGGAGAGGACCAACCAGCUCACAGCGGAGAAGACCCGCGCCGACAAGCUUCUCUCCAGCAUGUUGCCGAGGUACAUCGCCGAUCAGCUGAUGGCGGGGGCCUCCGUGGAGCCUCAGAGCUACGAGGCGGUGACCAUCUUCUUCUCCGACAUCGUGGGCUUCACGUCCAUGUGCUCCGUCAGCUCGGCGAUGGAGGUGGUGACCUUCCUCAACGACCUCUACAGCCUCUUUGACGACGUCAUCAAGAUGUACGACGUCUACAAAGUGGAAACGAUCGGUGAUGCAUACAUGGUGGCCAGUGGUCUACCCAUCAGCAACGGCUUGCAGCACGCCUUGGAGAUAUCUACAAUGGCUUUGCAUUUCCUCAGUGCCAUCAAGGUCUUCAGAAUCCACCACAUGCCCACUAAGAGUCUUGCGAUACGCAUCGGGAUUCACUCCGGUCCAGUGGUGGCUGGAGUGGUCGGCACCACGAUGCCUCGCUACUGUCUCUUCGGUGACACGGUGAACACGGCCUCUCGCAUGGAGAGCAACAGCUCGCCCCUGAAGAUUCACAUUUCUCAGAGCACUGCUGACAUCCUGGUCCAGGCUGGUUCGUUUGAGAUGGAGGAAAGAGGGGAAGUGGAAAUUAAGGGAAAAGGGUCACUGAAGACCUACUGGCUUCUGAGCAAACAGGGGUUUAAUCCUCCGCUUAUUGCUCACAGCCCUGCGACGGUGGACAGUCUCAAACUGCAAACGGAGACACUGGGGAUCACCAGAGCUGCAGAGAAAAGACACCACACCACCUCGAACAAAGCCAUGAUGACUGCAGUGGACAUUUAAGGGACAACUAGAUACAACAACCGUUUUAGAUGAAGGAAAUUCUGGAAACGACCAUUCAGAAGCUCCCAGAGGACACAAAACGA